AUUCUAAGUACGAUAUGGCAACGAUAACGAAUUCAGGCGAGGAUAUAAUAAGCAAUAGUUUAGAUGUAACUCAACUUGAUAUUGCAGACGAUCCUAGCAAUUCAUUUGAAGAUUCCUUUGAAAUUCCUAGAACCGUUGAUGAUAUUCUAAACGGUGGAUUUACUAGAAUUGGUUUGCAAUUCCCAGACGAACUCCUUCACUACUCCGUCCGCGUUUUCAAAUCCCUUGAGCGUCAUUUGGGCAGCGAUAAAAAGCUAUAUAUACUCGCAGACACUACAUACAAUGCCUGCUGUGUAGAUGAAGUAGCUGCUCAACACGUCGAUGCUGACGUCGUUGUACAUUAUGGGCACGCAUGUCUUGAACCAACGGCACGCUUGCCAGUAAUUUAUGUCUUUGGUAAACGUACAAUUGAUGUAGACAGUUGCGUAGAUGCUUUAUCUACGUCUCUGCGCCAGAAAACUGCACGAGAAACUAUCAUUUCAACUGACGUCGCAUACGCCUGGAAAGCGCAAACAAUAGCUGAUAGAUUGUCACAAGCUGUUGAGGACAAUAUGAAAGUUAUUUUGCAUGGUUUACCACCUACGGUUGCUUAUCCUGCUGCAAAUAGCGGCGCUCCAGCGGGUGUCAAACCCGGUGAAGAACUUUUACAAGAUCAUGAGGCAGAUGGUUCACCUUUAGGGACCGACAGUACUCAGGAAAAGCCAACAUGUAGUGAUCAAAAGCAAUCAUGUGGUGAUACCUGCACCAGUUGCGACUGUACAGUUCAGCAACCGCUAUCACUUGCACAACGUGCCGUUUCGUCAGAACCUAAAAAAAUCACUGCAGAUGAGUCAACGAUCAUCAUUUACAUUGGUCCACCUUCACUCAAAUUGACAAAUAUCGUCUUGACGAACCGGCCAGCAUCAAUUAUCGCAUUUGAUCCAACUGUUAAUUCCACAUUUGAGGCAACCGGAACUGAAAAUAGACUACUCCAGAGACGAUACGCACAAGUUAACAAAGCAAAAGAUUGUGAUGUCUUUGGUCUAGCCGUCGGUACACUUUCGACAGCAUCUUACCUCCCUCUCGUAAAAGCAUUGCGGGCGAAGUUACAAAAAGCAUCCAAGAAAGUCUACACAGUCGCGGUAGGAAAGUUAAAUCCGGCCAAACUUGGUAACUUUGCUGAAAUUCAAUGUUGGUGUGUCAUAGCCUGCGCUGAGAACAGCAUAGUAAACAGUAAAGAGUUUCAUGUGCCGGUAAUCACACCAUUCGAACUCGAGAUGGCUUUAGACACUGACAGAAUAUGGACGGGCGAAUAUGUUCUCGAUUUCAGUCAACUUCUUGACCCAUCUAGCAAGUACAGCUUAGAAGCUCACUCAGAAGGUGGAAAUGAUCAGGAUGAACCUAUUUUCUCGGCUUCUACUGGUAAAUUCAUCAAACAUCGCAAAUUCAACAAGGAUAACGAGAUGGAUGUCCCAAUCGCAGAAGGAGUUGACGCGCUUACUUUACGCACAACUGAGAAUGCGUUACAAGUUAUGAAUAAUUCAGCAGCGGGUGCAUAUCUUCAAACUGAAAGGAGUUGGAAGGGUUUGGAAGUACGCGAAGGUCAAGAUGAACCUAGUUUGUUGGAGUCUGGUAGAGCGGGUGUCGCAAGAGGUUACACACUCCCUGAUACUCUCGCAGCUUCCGAAUCACAAUCCAAAAGCAACUAA